AACCACAAUGAAGCUAGAAGGACCAAUAAGUAGUGUUGUCAAAGGCAAACUUGAGGCACUCCCCAGUGUGAGGCCACCGGAAGUUGCCUCGGAGCGGUGGAACAUGCAGUCUAGGGAUUGGGCAGGCAGAAAAUGCUGAUGAAGCCCAAUGUAUUAAGGUUGUAAGCUUAAAUUGAGACACAACAUUCCUAUUUUGUGUUGAAGAUUCAAUUUCAAUCGAUCAAUCCCUCCCUAUGAUGUUCCAUAACAGAGGAGCUCUACCAAAUCUCAUCCUCUCCUUCUGCAUUUGGAGUCAGGACCUCAGACCUUUGCUCUCGUCUCAUUGGGUAUUUAGCAUAUGGAAGGACUGCCAGUUAAACUUGCAACGGAUUGCUAUGGUGUGGACUGUUAUAUAUAAUGACCCUGAUAUCAUCCUCUGCAGGGAUAGCUGCAUAUGUUGUGAGAAUUGGCCUCAAACAUGCAGAUCGCCUGCUGCUGGUGUGCUUAAAGAUUGUCAGGUGGCGAUGAAUGCGAUUACGGAGGAUGUGGCGUGCUAUGCUAUGCUAAGGGAGGUGCAUUCUGGAGGAAGUGAACAGCUCGGUUGCGUUUCUAAUAGGUUCAUCUUGUAUUAUCCUUGAGAUACAGCAUCACAGUCACCUCAAUCAAUCACUUACAAUAGGGUAUCUGCUACACAGCCAAUUAGCUGGAUGCCACAGACCCAUUCAAGGUUGAAAUUGAAUGAAGAAAGAGCUUGUGAUGUUCGUUGGGAAGAGUUGGUAUAGGAGCAGUUGUGAGGGAUGGAGAAGGAAAGUUGAAAGCUGUACUACUAUUUUCUUUCACAAGCGGUCUCUUACCUCAUGCAACUGAAGCCUUGGCGGUUUUGUAUGGAAUGAGGUUUUGCUUG